AUGGCCAAAGCCAGGAUCAAGGCCCUGUCUUCCUUUUGCUCUGCCAUACUUCUCUUGAUUCAUCUCCCAUUGACGCUGGGAGAGCUUCGCUAUGGACUCUCCAUCUCUGAAAUAUGGAGGGACAGCGGUAGCCUGCUUGAGUGGACGGUGCAACGGCCUGGUUGCAGCGGAAGGUCUGCUAGAGACUGCCUGGCAGAGGAUGAAAGUCUGAUGGACACAGAGGUUAACAGAAGGAUGCUUCAGAUGCAGAGGCAGUACAUAAGCUACAGGUCUCUUGACAGAGGCGCAGUCCCCUGCACAAGGCCGGGAGCUUCUUAUUAUAACUGCCAUCCUCGUCCGGUUUAUCCAAAAUCCCGCGGCUGCGAGCUAAUGGCCGAUUGCAAAAGCAUGGAAAGAACCAGUAACGGCUCUAAGUUCAACCAAACUCAAGCCGCCUAUGGAACCAGUAUUUCGCUUGUGUAA